AUGGUGCUGAGCGUCGUUGAUCUCGGAUUGAUGGACUACGCGCUGCCAAAGGCGAAUCUUGCUUACGCUACGCUCAAACGCGACAUCCAAAGACACAAUCCGACAUUCAUUUUGGAAGAAGCCACCGUCAUGAAAGAGUUGGAGAGAGAAGGUAAGCUGUGGAUGUACGAAUCCACGGAUGCCAAGAGUGGUCGCAUGCGGGAGGUCAAAAUAUGGGAUGGUAUCUGGAGUGGACGUCCUCGGUUCAGUCACGCGCGAGAGGGCAGUCUCGGUUUUGAAAGUGGCAGAGCCAUGCUCACGCUUUACGAUGGACUCACUUACGAACCGACAACCGAUAAUUCAGAUGGGUAUCGUGUAACAAAGUUCCAGCAGCAACAACUUGCACUGCAGUUGACCGAGGAUCUGGAGCGCGGUGCAUUUCAGAACAAGACACCACGGUCGAUGCGUAUUUCCCAGCUUAAGGAAUUCGUCACUGACCUGCGAUCUGCUGUAGAAACCAGCCAAAACCCUGACUACACCCUUAGUAAACUCCGUUUUGCGCAGGUUGAGUAUCACAAAAAGUUCUCUAUCCCUUUCGCGUGUUUGGCAUUCGGGUUAAUGGGCGUGCCGCUUGGGUUGAUGGUAAAACAGAGCGGUAGGAUGAUUGGGUUUGGUGUCGGCUUAGCUGUGAUCUUGAUUUAUUACCUACUGCUUCAAAUCGGGCAAAGUGCAGGUUUGAACGGCAUGUUAUCUCCUGCCCUUGCCAUGUGGCUUCCAAAUGUUGUUAUUGGUAUCUUCGGCAUUGCUCUGAGUAUCCGUAUGAUAGGCGAGGGGACGCUGCGGACGUGGCGGGACCGGAAUAGUAAGAUGCCGCUUGUUGUCAAUAGGAAAGUCGAAUCAUAA